AUGAUGCUGGCCAAACAAGCAGCUGCCAAGCGCACCGCGGCCCCGCCGCCGUCCCCAGGCGCCAAGGCCGACGCCGGCGCCGGCGCCGCGGCGACACCAGCAGCUGCCUCUGCAGCCCCCGUCCCCGCGCCGUCGCCGGCGGCCGUGCCGGCCCUGCAGCGGCCCAAGCCAGCGCCGCCCGAGCGCGCGGUGGCGGCGGCGGCGGCCGCGCCGCUGAGCGGCGCGCCGCCGUCGGCGGCGACGAGCGCAGAGCCUGGCGCAGCCGCGGUCGCGGCCGCGGCGGGGGCGGCAGGGGCGGGGGCUGGGCCGGGGCCGGACGUCGCGUUUCGGCCGCCGCCGCUGCAGGGGGUGGACGGCCUGCCUCAGGAGCUGCGCGCGGCGCUGCAGGCGCUGCGCGACGCAGUGACUGGGGUGACGGUCUCGGCGGAUCUGAAGCCCAAGGGCCGGCCGCUGGCCAAGCCUCUGCACAACGCGCUGUUCGCGGCCGCGUUCUUGGCGCACCGGCUCGCGGCCUCCCAGGGGCGGCCCUCCCUCCCAGAGGAGACCGCGGCCGCCGCGGCCCCUCUGAUCGCGCCCUUCUGGCGAGAGGCCACCCUCAGGCGCGGGCGCAAGGUAACGGUGGAGGCUGGCAAGCAGCUGCAGGACCUGGCGACAGCGCGGUCCGCCCUGAUGACUAAAGUGGCGGAGAUGGCGUCAUCGCUGGGGCCGGGCGCGGGCGAUGACGACUUUGAGGUGUCAUGGCCAGAGGCGGCGCAGGACGCUUUGGUGCAGGUGUGGGACGAGACGGCGGCGACGCACCCGGGCGGCGGCGACGCGGCGGCGGCCGCCCUGAAGGCGCUCCAGGAUGACAUAGUGGGAGCCCUGGGGACACAGGUCAUCACGGCGGACGAGGUUGCGGCGGUGUGCGCUAAAGCCAAGAAGCGGCAGAAAAAGGCGGCGGCGGAGAAAAGGGCCGCGGCUGCCGCCGCUGCGGCGGCCUCGGGCGGCGGCGAGGAGGGGGCAGCGGAGGCGGGGGCCGCGCAGGGGCCGCUGGCGCGGAUGGGGUCUGCAGGAGCGGCCAGCACCCAAGUGCCACCGCACCCACCACCGCCGCUGCCGGCACAGCAGCAGCAGCAGCAGCAGCAGCAGCAGCAGCAGCAGCAGCAGCCGCAACCGCAAAAGCGGCAGCAAGAGGCGGCGGCGGCGCCCGCAGCAGAUGACGACGCGCCCACAUCGCCAACGGCCGGCGGCGCGCAAGCGGCGACGCAGGGAGCCGGCAGGAAGCUGGCCGGCUCAUCAGGAGCCCACGAACCCAUGUCGCCGCGCAUGGCCGGCUGCAUCGCGGCGGCGCGGCUCGCGGGCGUCGACGAGGCGGAGGCUCUCAAAUGGUGGGGCACGAUACGGGCGGGGACCAUCGCGCAGCAAGUCUUCCGUGUCCUGUGCCAUGCCGGCCCCGGAGGCAUGACGGCCAAGGAAAUUGUGGCCCAGGGCUGCGGCGAGCUGGCCCUCGGCUGGGCAGACGCCCCCAAGCAGCGGCAGAGCAUCGCCCAGGCGCUGCGCAGCGUGUCGCUGCAGGGGGUGGUGACCCACGUCGGUGGGUCGCUGUUGUGCGCGUGCGCGCGUGUGUGCGGGUCUGUGAGUGGACAUGGCGUGUGA